CCCUCGAGGCGAACUAGACGUAACAUUCUGUGCUCGACACUACUGAGACUUUUCGACGUUUCUAACCUUGUCUUGGCGCUGUGUGCUGUUCCGUUCGUUUAUACAGUAAUAUAGUGUCGUGCGUUUUCUUUCACACUCUUCUUUUACAAGUCAGUUCUUUUGGUUUUGUGAUUAUCAGUUCGAGGUGAAUCAUUCAAUUUUUGGACAAGAAAAAGAAAGAAAAAUCUGGUGACGCGAAACGAUUGUACUCGUCUUAGGAACGAAAUACUCUAAAUUUACACGCUACACUCUGUUUAAUGCAGCGGCCUUCUCGAAGCGGUAAACUUUAUGAAAACUUUGGUAGUGGGCAUCGAGGCGUUGCCAAGGUCACGAGGGAGGAGCUGAGGUCAUCGCUGCACCUAUGUUGUGCGGCGAACUCCUGAACGGUGGCUUCGUGAGUGGUGGAGCGGUACCGGUGAUUCCCUACGGUCUCCUAGGAUUCUGGUUGCCCGGCUGUUUACGCGCUACCAGCCCAACCUCUCUCAACUCGUCUUAUCUGACCCUGUUGGCCGAACUUCUGGCCACGGGCCACCAGGAUCGUCGAAACGAGCCGAUGGACCUCGCAAACAGGAGCCACCAGGCUCCCACCAACGGGGCGCUCGACCUCGACCUCGACCUGCACGCCGACGACAUCGACGAGAACGUGUUUCUCGAAAACGGUCUGCUCUCUUUCGAGAAUCCGAAUUACCACUUGGACCCGGCUCGCCUGGACGAUGCUCUGAACAGCAACGAGAACGGGAGUUCCCUGUACGAUGAAUUGUACCAAGAAUUGGUCGGGAACGGUGGCAGAAGCGGCGAAGUGACUGGCGGCGGCGGCGGCGGCGGGGGCGGCGGCACGAGGGUUCAAGCGCGCAGAACGUAUGCCACGUUGGAUCUGGGCAGCAUGGGGGUUGACGUCACCCAAGGUCCUCUCACCCAGGACUCCGUGACAGAGGACGCGCAGGACAACACCGACAACCAUAACCUAGGGUACAGCAGCGAGGGUGUUGCGGAGUCUGCUCUGGUCGACGACACCCUCAACGGAAAUCCUCGAUCUUCGUCGUCAUCCUCCUCGAUUCUGGCUCCCGUACAGUCAGCAUCCGCGGACACGGUCGACGCUGCGAAUCUAUCCGAUUCGAGAAAUUAUUGCGAGAAAGCGGAUAACGAAACGACAGAGAUGGGAGGCGUUCCGCACGUGGAGGGUGGAUUGAACAGCGAGCUGUACGCGGUCCCUGUGAAGCGGAGGCAGCCCAAGGAUCAAAAGAACAAUGCCGCUGUGCAGAACAAUAGCCAGGAGAAGCCCGCUGAGGUAGAUACCACCGAUUCCGAGGACAAAGAUGAGAAUCUGCCACCGGGAUGGCAGAAACACGAGGACGAGAACGGACCUUAUUACUGGCACGUAAAAAGCGGGAAUAUACAGAGAGAGCCACCGGAAGCGCCACCGCAUUCCAAGAGGGAGUCGCGUAGAAGCCUGAUCAAAGACAACGAUAGCAUAAACAACUUCCACACGUUGAGCGGCAUGGUCAAUACCGUCACCCGCAGUAACACGAGCUCGGCCUUGGAUCAAGAGUUGGAAAACAAGAGAAAAGUGGAGCUAGCUCUCAAGCGAAGAAGCUAUCCCGCACGAGCGGACUCCGAGGGCAGGGACAAACCUAUCAGAUUCGCCGUACGUUCCCUCGGGUGGACCGAAAUCGCGGAGGAAGAUUUGACGCCUGAAAGAAGCAGCAAGGCCGUCAACAAAUGUAUCGUAGACUUGUCCUUAGGAAGAAACGAUCUUCUGGACGUGGUUGGGCGAUGGGGCGAUGGGAAGGACUUGUUCAUGGAUCUGGACGAAGGCGCGUUGAAGCUAAUAGACCCGGAGAAUCUUACCGUGCUCAACACACAACCGAUUCACACGGUGAGGGUGUGGGGCGUUGGCAGAGACCACUGCCGCGAAAGGGACUUUGCGUACGUGGCAAGAGACCGAUCCACUCGAAAACACAUGUGCCACGUGUUCCGUUGCGACAUUCCGGCGCGCACCAUCGCGAACACGCUUCGCGACAUUUGCAAGAAGAUCAUGAUCGAGCGAUCGCAACACCAGAAUCUGGCGAAACCGGUGGACAUCAAUGGGCGAACGAGCCUUGCCACCAGACCGACCAAUCUGCCCACGGAGCAUCGACGUUUCCAUAGAAACGGACAAGCGCUAGUCACGCAAUCAUUCCCAACACCGAUGGAAGAACCGAAGAAGGUGUUGCGAGCACAAUAUCUCGGAUCCAUGCAGGUUUCUCAAGCGACUGGAAUGGAGGUUCUCAACGACGCGAUAGAUCACAUCGUUGCCAACACGCCUAUCAAUCAAUGGCGAAACGUGAACGUGGCCGUCGCGCCCAGUAUGAUCUCCAUCCUUACACCGAACGAAGAGAAACUUAUCACCGAGUGUCGAGUGCGUUAUCUGUCGUUCCUCGGAAUUGGUCGUAACGUGAAACAAUGCGCCUUCAUAAUGCACACAGCGCAAGAUCUUUUCAUCGCACACGUUUUCAACUGUGAGCCUAGCAGCGGAGCUCUUUGCAAAACUAUUGAAGCUGCUUGCAAGCUGAGGUACCAGAAAUGCUUAGACGCACAUCCUCAAGGCUUUAGAAACGCUAGCAGCCUGAACACCCCGAGCGGAAAAGGACUUGGCGCCACCUUGAAAUCUUUGGUUGGCUCUCUGACUGGGCGUAGAAAUAAGCAGGGUGAGUCCUGAGACGAGGCUCUCUCGCUGCAGUUGAUUCCUUCGCUCGUUCCUUCACAGGAACUGUGGCCGCUGCCUGCUGAGCGAGAAGUGAUCAGACACAAGCAUCUACAGUCACCUCUGACCUUGAAAUACUUCAGCGGAUCGCCACCCAGUGCAUCUCUCAGGUCACUCCUUUCGCCCUCUCUGGACAACAGGCGCAUUCAACUGGCCCGUUGGGAGAGCAAUCCUUAAGUGGAACACAGCCGCCACAGGUCAAGCCAACUAAAGAAGAAGAAAGAAAGAUGAAAAGAAGAAGAAGAAGAAGAAAAAAAAAGAAACAAAGAAUCGUAUUCUUACGUUAAUCGACUGAAUCGUGAAUUCUGCAGAGUGCUAUACUAAUUACCACAGCUAUAGUGGACUACGCUUACGUGUGUCGAUAUGAUGUUAUGUAUGUUACACGCAGUGUCAGACAAAAAGAAAAAAUAAAAAAAGAUAAAAAUAUAUCGCCGGAGAAAAAAAGGCGUGAAAGUUCGUGGAUUGGGGCCACGAAACUGGAGGCAGGAUUCGCGUCCCUUAGGCGAAUCCCUUAGGCGAACGGGAUAAUCCUUAGAGAGGAACAAAGAUCAGCGUAGAUCAGCGUCUAGAUCGUGUUGCGAAAGUACGUUUCAGAGAACAGAGGGAAUCCUGCAACGAUUUGGGAUAGAGAUAGAGCGAAUAUCUGUAUAUAUACGGAAUGGUAAUUUAUCGCGCUAAAUUUAAUAAAUUCGCUGGAUUUAAAGGAAGUCCAGAGGAGGAGUGAAAGGGGAACGACGUGCGUGAGUGACGGAAUGACUGAAGUAACGUUCUAGCGUAUCCACGAGGCAUUCGAAGAUUGAAAAAGAGAGACAAACAAGCUAUAGAGAGCUUAAAUGUAUAACUUAAAUGUGUAUUCUCGGAUGUACAGAUUAGAGAAACGAGACGAGGAUGACCAGACCACACGAAAUAAACACGUAAUACACGCAUUAUAUAGAAGAGACACGUAUAGGAAUUCACGCGAUGGAACACACGAGUACUUACACGUGUGCAUUAUGUAUAUGCAUACAUUAACACAGACGCGCGUACAGAUACACGGACACUUACUUACACGAGCAGGUAAUAGGAAGUUUAUUUUUUAUGGUGAAUUAUAGAAGAGUUUGCACCUUUUUGAAACGAAGGCGAUUAAAUGUAUUAGCGCGACCGUCCUUUAAAUCCACGGGAAAAAAAAGAUCGAGACGAAUCUACCAAGCUAUCGAUUUUGAGAUCGCAAUAAGAAAACAGUAUAUAUAAUAUAUACAUAUAUUUAUAUACAUACAUAUAUAUAUAUACAUAUAUAUCUGUGUGUAUAUAAGUAUAUAUUAUUGUACGCACAAUCGUUGUGCAAUAACGCUAAUGCCUACACAAAACGAUUAACAAUUUCAUUCUGUUGAAACGGUGUAACGACUCGUUAUCGUCAUCGUUGCAUCGUUGUCGUCGUCGUUGUAACGCGCCUCGCUGAACAAAUUAAUUAUCGCUGAACUCCAUCAUACGCCCAGAUACUGCAAUGGCGUGAAAAUUUUUAACGAUAAUAAUAAAAUUCCGUGUUUGAGAAAAAAGAAUGAAAGAAAGAAAGGAAGGAAGAAAGGAAGGAAGAAGAAGAAAUAAAUACAACUUGCCAGCAGGGAGCUUAUUCACCGCCACGACGAUAUCCCGUUCUCCGGAACGGUUCGAACGUUGACGCUUUGACUCUUGCACGCGUGUGUCACGCGAUCACAGAGAGAAAUAAAUAUAUUGCGUACACGUAUUUAUUAUCCGCAAACUCAUUAUUCGCACGUGCACAGCGUCGAAUGCAUAUUUUUCACACGCGACGAACGUUUUCAAAGAUACCUGAAAACUUGGAACCGACAGAGUUUUCACUUCCUCUGCACGUUCUUGUCAACGGAAAUCGUAUCACGUUUUCAUAAAAGUUACGCAUCAACGUAUCCUGCGAAUCAUUGUGACAAUUCUCGGAAUCAUUGUUCGCGAGAUAUACAAGACCACACACACACACACACACACACACACGAGCACGACAUUCGAAAGGAUACUCCAAGUUUGUACUCGCCACUGGGUCGAACGUCGAAUCGUCGUCGACGAAGUGCUCGCGAUGCCUAAUGUCAAUCAGUAGCUUAGAGAAACCCGUGAAUAAUAAUUAAUUACCCGUAUGUACGUGUAUCAUCGUGCGCCGUUCGGUUCGUUUUCUAUCGUAUUAGCUUUAGGCAAUUUUCCAUACCAGCGCCGAAUUUUUGCAGCAAAUCGCGGCGAAUUGUACAGAAGAAGAGAACGAAGAAUAAUGUCUACUUCGUCCGAUCCUUGAUUAUUUUCGUACGAUUACCUCGCGAUUAGACACGUGACGAUGUCGCGAACCGACGUCUCAUCCACGAACGAUUAUAUACGCUAAUUGAGAAACAAUGACCAUCGUCUAGCUUUCAUUCGCUCGUUCAAUCGCGCUUCUCGCGUUUCACCGAAAACGUUCCUAAGAAAAUAGCGCUACUCUGGUUUGGCUCUACGUUUGGUGCAAAAGAAAUAUCGCGACGAAUAGAAUAGGAGAAAAUAUGAAGGUGUUCGACAAAUUGCUGUGCAACGAUCCGGAACGAACCAGAGAGAAACAAGACGAAACGGGACAAGAAGCGGCAAAAACCCGUCGGCCGUUUACGUAACGAUAUAUGUACUGUCAGUAAGAAAGUUAGCAACAGUAGGUCAGUGUUAAUGUCCCGGAACGAGAGAUUAUUUUAUUCGAAGGGAAAACGUUUCCGUCAGGCAGAAUAAAAAUCUCUCUCGUUGUCUCUCUUCUCGAAAGAGAGAGAGAAAGAGAGAGAAAGAGAGAGAGAGAGAAAGGAAGAAAAGAGAAAAGUUCUGAUGACUCUCUUGCUCGCAGUGCAUCUUGAUCGUCCAUCGAUGACGGCCACACGUCGUGGGAGCCAUCGUCAUUGCAAAAGAUACAAAGUUGUGCGGGACCCAGAACGAAGAGAUAUUUCUAUGUAGCGUUUAAAUAAGAAGGAUAUAGGGAAGAAGGUUGAGUGAAUAGAGCAUGAAUGUGUAGAGAGAGGAUGUAAGAAAGAGGAACGCGUGCGUGAUGUAGAGUUGCUUGAUGAGGGAUUUUCAUGUGACAAUUAUAUCUAGAUGAGGAUGUAAGAGAUAAGGGACAGAAUCGCGAAGAUGAUUUUCAUUCUUUGUAUAUAAGAAAAAAAAAAAAAAAAAUACACGUUACGAGGAUCACCUGCCUUUUACUGUAAAGAAGAUGAGGAAGGAAGAAAAAAAGAAAAAAAAAAAAGAAUGUGGAACGUUAACGAAUGUUAUUAAACGAGAGAUGAUAAUUACUGCGUUCACUGAAACGCCUCCGUCUCUUGGCUGAAUGUUAUAAAUCGGAAGAGAAAGUCUCCAAAAAGGGGGACAAGUAUUAUUGCACCGUGGCUCUUUUCGGAAAAUUCCCUUUCGAUCUAUCCGCAGCUUCGAAAUUUCCUUUCACCCCUUAUAUCUUUUUUGCAUUCCUUCCGUUAUCUGGUCACUCUCAAUCUCUACGCGGAUAGACUUGAGAACCAUGUCACGAACAAUAAUUGAACACGGAAUAUCGCGCGACGAGGCCUCCCGUGCGACCCUAAUUCCGGAAACACGGAUCCCCUAUUUUACAAAAAGAAAGAACCAGCAACGUUUCUUCUGCUAUUGAUAUAUCGUUGAUACGAUUUCUUGCUUUGAUAUACAUAUAAAUAUAUAUAUAUAAAUAUAUAUAUAGUUGUUGAAUUUAUAUUAUCGUAACGUUAGAUCGAGCGAGCGAUCGAGGGUGGCACGAGACAGCCUCGAGGGCGCGGCGUGUGAAGAUAUAAUGUGGUAUGGAUGUAAAUAUUAUUAUACAUUCUCGUAUAAAAAUGUAAUAAACCAAAGAGGCGAAAAGAAAGAUCGAGAAGAAAGUUAAGGUUAGCAUCGUUGCACCUAUAAAAAAAAAAAAAUUGAAACAACUGCAUAUUAUUCAGGAGUAUACUUACAUACAUACAUACAUACAUACAUACAUACAUUCAUGCAUACAUACAUAUACACGCAACACACAAGCACAUGCAUUACACAUAAAAGAAAAAACACAUAUUCACAAACUACACGUAGCUUAACUGUCUCCUUAAUAUAGGUGUUGACAUGUCGCCAGGAAGGAUACGAGAGUAUCGUUGAAAAUACCACUCGAGGAUUGAAAGAAAUGAAAAAAAAGGAGGUGGAGGAGGGUAAAGGAGAAGGGAAGCCACUUAUAACUGACAUAGAAUAGUGCAAACCUAACUAUAUUUACUGUGACAUGUAAUAUCCUUAAUGACAAAAAAAAAAUGCGAUCUACUUGAUAGGAGAGUUGUUCUGCACAAACACGAUGCUUCAUUGAUAAUUAUAGUGUCUCUCUCUCUCUCUCUCUCUCUCUCUCUUUCUCUAUCUCUCUAUCUUCAAAAAAUACGUACCUCUCUAUACCUUAUGGCAAUUAAAUGUAUCCAACACGAUAUUUUCGAUCGACAAUUCGUUUCGGGAAAUCGAGAACGAACGCUAUCCGCGUUCGAACGCGAACGACUAUCGUUUUACUCGAUUCGAGCUCAUCAAAGGAAUCACGCAUAGACACGCAUCAUCGAAGGAUCAUUCUAAUUGUAAUCACGAUCAUUAUCAUCGCCUCGAUACAAGUAUAGGGAAUUCACAGUCAUCGUCAUGUCGCGUUAAUUAAUAAAAAAAUAAAUUCUAAAAUGGAAAAAGAAGAUAUCACUAUCACUGACUAUCAAAAAAAUGGAAAAACGAAGAAAAAAAUAUGAGAAUAAGAGGAGAAGGAGAGGAAAAUAAUAUAUUCGUAUAAUAAUGCUCGCGUGACGAUCGGCUUUUGGAACCGUCGCGCGAUCGAUUAAUUAUUGUAACGUGGACGAUAAAAAACGAUCGAUUUUUCCGUCGACGUUACGAAAAAAUCCCAAGCGAGCGUCGUUAUUAAGAGCAAGCCAACGAGAUUCUAUUUGGAACAUUUUAGCCAACUAUUUUACGUUCUUUCGUUUUUCCUUGGAAUAGAAUCUUGGUGUGCGCGCGUAUCUUGAAACGAGAACAAGUUCUAAAAGGAGUGAGGAGAGAAAGAAAAAAAAACUGAACGACGCGUUUCGUUAUAUUCGACGAGUCCACGUGUCAUUUUUAGAGCGUACGAAAGAACAAAACACUUUGUAUGCACCUCCCGCCCCCCUCCCUCCCCCAUUGUUCAUGCCCAUUUGUAUUGCGUAGAUGGACCGAUCGAUAAUUAUAAACGAACGUGAAAAUACUAUUAUAUAUAUAAAUAUAUAUUAUAUAUAUAUAUAUAUAAAUAUAUAUAAAUAUAAAUAUAUAAAUAUAUAUAUAUAUAUAAAAUAUAUAUAAAAAAGCGACAGAAUGAAACACUACUGUAACUACACCUGCCUCUU